AUGCAAUUUUUAUUAUAUCUUCUUAUUUUCACUAUUACUUUUUCUUAUACAAUAACUUCUGAUUUAUCAACAAAAUUUAAUAUCACUAUAAAAAUACCAGAAAAUACAACAUCUCUUAGACAAUUACCAUAUAAAACAGUACAUGUAAAAUAUACGCUCCCUAGCACUGAUGAUCAAUGGAUUAUUGUUGGAAUAGAACCAUUUAUUCAAUCAUUAAAUGAAGAGAUUCAACAAAUGACUAUUCAUCUUUGUCACUUAGGAACCCAUACUCAUCAAUAUGAUACUAUUUGGUAUAAUGAUGAAACAAUUUGUAAAAGUGGUCAAUCAAUGUUAAUUUAUCAAUGGACAUCAUAUUCAUCAUUGACUCGUUAUCAAAUGGAUAAUGAUGUUGGUUUUCAAUUGGAUAAAUCAAAAUUAAUUGUAUUUACGAUUACUUAUUUUAAAGAACGACAGUUGGAUAAUGACCAAUCAGGAGUUAUUCUUUAUAUUUCAACUGUAAAACCACGAUUCUAUAUGGGUACAAUAGUUGUUGGAAAUAAACAACAACAAAAACAUUUUUCAUGUCGUAUAUCAAAUUAUCCACGUUUAUUAUAUGAUAUACAACCAUUAUUUCCAGCAACUAAUCAAGUAUGGUUACGUAUUUAUACUAUACGUCAUCGUAUAUUUGGUCGACGCAUUGUUCAAUCUGUUUUUAAUUCAUUAAUAUUAUCAAAUCAAAAUGAAACUAAUAUUGGAAUUCUAUCAAAAGAUAUAUUUUUAAAACCAGACGAUUAUUUAAUUAUUGAAUGUGAAUUAAUUUCAGCAACAUAUUGUAAAUUUUUAAUUUUUUAUACCUAUAAAAAUAUUGAAUUAGAAAAUUUUAUUAAAACUGAUCAUACAUGUCACAAUAAUGAUUAUCCAAAUUUAUUUGAAUUAAUGCCAUCAAGAACGUCAUUUGAAAUAGAUCCAAUUUUACCAUCUAAAUCGAAUAAACGUGGAAUAACAAUAUUUUUAUUGGUUGUUAUUUUAUUAUUUGUUAUUUGGACAUUAAUAAUAUUGGGUUGUGUUAUUAUGCGUCGUGCUCGUGGAUUAGCUAAUUUUCGUACAGAACCAUCAACUCCAAUUCGAACAACUCAAACUACAAAACCAACUUUUGUUGAACAACGUCCUACUGAUGAUCAAGUUCAACAACAAAAAUUGAUUGCUGCAGGUGAUCGUAUAGCUCAAAUCGAUACUGAACCUAUGGGUUUAACGCAUUGA